AUGGAGAGCGACGAAGAAGGAAUUUACGAUGUGGAAAGCGACGCAAGUAUCAACUAUAAUUCCUCCGAUGAUGGCAUUUAUAGUGAGGGAGAAAAUACUGCACACGGAGAAGCCAACGAUUUUAUGGAUGAACCGACUUCGUAUAAAUGUCUGACUUCCGAUCAAAUUUUCAAUUAUAUGAUGAAAGUGGUGGACGAGGUCAACGCUAUUUUACAGCUUCCACCUCAUAUAACCUGUAUCCUAUUAAAUCAUUUCAAAUGGGAUAAAGAAAAAUUAAUGGAAAGGUACUAUGAAGGUGAUCAAGAUAAGAUAUUUGAAGAAGCACAAACCAUUAAUCCUUUUCGAUUGAAAGGAAAGGUAGUCUCGAGCAAUACAAACAAUAUUACUUCAUUUUCCAUGCAGUCAACUAAGCGUCCUUUAACAACUCAGGAAGUCUGCGAUAUAUGCUACUUGCCUUCUCAGCAUAUGAAUGGAUUACAAUGUGGUCAUUUUUUCUGCAUCGAUUGUUGGAAUGAAUACUUAAGAAUUAAAAUUAUUGAUGAAGGACAGGGACAAAAAAUUGCUUGUCCAGCCAAUGACUGCAAUAUUCUAACGGAUUAUGAAACUAUAUUGAGUUUAUUACGAGGCAGCGAUAUUAAAACUAAAUAUCAUCAGCGCCUAACAGAUGGAUUUGUUAUGAGCCAUCAUCUAAUGAAGUGGUGUCCAUCGCCUGGUUGUAGUGUUGUUGUUAAAGUAACUACUGCUGGAACUCGUAAUGUGACCUGUAUAUGUGGCCAUGCAUUUUGCUUCCAUUGCCUUCAACCUAUUCAUGAACCUGUUAGGUGUCCGCUGUUAAAAAAGUGGCUAAGAAAGUGUAAUGAUGACAGUGAAACUGCUCAUUGGAUAUCAGCAAAUACCAAAGAAUGUCCAAAGUGUCGUGCAACUAUUGAAAAGAACGGAGGUUGUAAUCAUAUGAUUUGUCAAAACAAGAGUUGCAAGUUUGACUUUUGUUGGAUCUGCUUGAGUGCUUGGUCACCGCAUGGUUCAAGUUGGUAUAACUGUAAUAGAUAUGAUGCAAACGACUCUGUAGCUGCUAGAACAGCGCAAGAGAAAUCUCGUGCUGCUUUGAAUCGAUAUUUAUUCUACUGCGAUAGAUAUAUGAAUCAUCGCCAAAGUUUAGAAUUAGAACAUAAGUUGUAUUCCAAAAUAAAAUUUAAAAUGGAAGAAAUGCAACAACAUAAUAUGUCUUGGAUUGAGGUUCAGUUUUUGAAAAAGGCUGUAGAUAUCCUGUGUAAAUGUAGGAAUACAUUAAAAUAUACGUACGUUUUUGCAUUUUAUUUGAGAAGCAACAACCAAGCUACUAUCUUUGAAGCAAAUCAAAAAGAUCUUGAAAUGGCGACCGAGAGAUUGUCUGAGUACUUGGAAAGGGAUGUUACAACUGAUGAACUGUCUAAUAUUAAACAAAAAGUUCAGGAUAAGGCAAAAUACUGUGAAGGUCGAUGUGAAGCAUUACUGCGGCAUGUCUACGAAGGAUAUGACAUGGAUCUCUGGGAAUAUUUAGAUGAAUGA